CUCUCUGCACUUUCUCUCUUUGUGCAGUCACAUUCUUAACCUCUCUCUUCACUUUUUUUCUCUAAACUUUCACUUUGUUUGCUUCUCUCUGCACUGUCACGCAUUGUUAGCUUCCAAAAUAUGAGUGCUCUGUCUUCGUUUCAUUGUUCGGUUGGAGUGCUCUCUCUCUCUCUACUUGACAGGCUUUAAAAUCCUUGCUGUUCGUCUGCAAAAAUGGCUCUCCAAACCCACGAUUAGUUACGGGAUUCUGCGUUCUUCUUUUGCUGCUCCAUGAAAGGGCUCUUUCCUUUCUCUUUUUUAAUGGAAAUUGAAGUCGAAUUAGGGUUGUGAGGUCCAAUUACUGUGUGGUGAGAGUUCUCAGGAUGAAGUAUAGAGGAGAUUAUGUACAGAGCAAGAGAGUUGUCGCUUCUUCGAUUCUCGCUGCUCUGGUUUUUGUUGGGUUGAUAUGCGUUUACUAUGGGUCUUUUUUUGCACCUCAGUUUCGAGAAAAGGAGGAUUUUGAUGGUGUCGACCCUGUAAUUGGGAGAGUUAGAGCAGGAGAAGAUGAUUCUGGAGAGGGAGUGAGAGUAAUUGAUGCUCCAUCUAAAGAUGAAGAGUCUGGGUUUGAUUCUAGUGACUUUGAUGGCCUUCUUCCUGAUCAACAGAGUUCUGAGACCUAUAGAACCAUACCUGUAUGUGUUGCAAGGCUUUCCGAAUUGAUUCCUUGCUUGGAUAGAAAUCUCCAUUAUCAGCUUAAAUUAAAGCUGAAUUUAAGCUUGAUGGAGCACUAUGAGCGCCAUUGCCCUCCUCAAGUGAGGCGCUACAAUUGCUUGAUUCCUCCUCCUCCUGGUUAUAAGCCUCUUAUAAGAUGGCCAGCAAGCAGGGAUGCAGUGUGGAAGGCAAACAUACCUCAUACACAUCUUGCCACUGAAAAAUCCGAUCAGAACUGGAUGGUUGUCAAUGGAGACAAGAUAAACUUUCCUGGCGGGGGCACUCAUUUUCACUAUGGCGCGGAUAAAUACAUUACAUCAUUGGCAAAGAUGCUCAAGUUCCCUGAUGAUAACCUCAACAAUGGUGGAAACAUUCGCAAUGUUCUUGAUGUUGGUUGUGGGGUUGCGAGCUUUGGGGCUUAUCUUCUACCCCUCAACAUCAUAGCUAUGUCACUUGCUCCAAAUGAUGUCCACGAAAAUCAAAUCCAGUUUGCCUUGGAAAGGGGGAUACCUUCAGCGCUUGGUGUUUUGGGUACAAUGAGAUUGCCUUAUCCAAGUAGGUCAUUUGAACUGGUUCAUUGCUCUCGGUGUAGGAUCGAUUGGCUUCAGAGAGAUGGCAUUUUGUUAUUGGAAUUGGAUAGAUUGCUGAGGCCUGGAGGCUAUUUCGCGUAUUCAUCUCCUGAGGCAUAUUCACAGGAUGAGGAGAACCUCAAGAUAUGGAAUGAUAUGAAUGAUCUUCUUAAGAGGAUGUGCUGGAAAGUUCGGUCGAAAAGAGACCAAACUGUAAUAUGGGUCAAGCCAAUGAGAAACAGUUGUUACUUUGCGAGAGCUCAGGGAACUCAACCUCCUUUGUGCACUUCAGAUGAUGACCCUGAUGCAGCUUGGUAUGUUCCCAUGAAGGCUUGCAUUACAGUAUACUCCAAAAACAUGCAUCGUGCAAAGGGUAGUGGUUUGGUUCCAUGGCCUCAAAGACUGUCAACUCCACCACCUCGUCUUCAAGAACUUAAUAUCAGCAAUGAAGAAUAUCUUGAGGACAUGGAAAUAUGGCGUUGGAGAGUUACACAGUACUGGAAGCAGAUGAAAGCAGAAGUUCAACGUGAUACGUUCAGGAAUGUUAUGGAUUUGAAGGCUAAUCUUGGUGGUUUUGCUGCUGCCCUGAAUGAUAAGGAUGUUUGGGUAAUGAAUGUCAUUCCUGUCAAUGAGUCAACCAAAUUGAAGAUUAUUUACGAUCGAGGAUUGAUUGGGACAGUUCAUGACUGGUGUGAAUCAUUCUCAACCUAUCCUCGCACAUAUGAUCUUCUCCAUGCUUGGAACAUAAUCUCGGACAUUGAGAGACAUGGAUGUAGUAUUGAAGACCUACUGAUUGAAAUGGAUCGGAUUUUGCGGCCUCUUGGGUUUGUCAUAAUAAGAGACAAGGCAUCGGUCGUGAACUAUGUCCGUAAGGUUUUACCGGCCCUUCGGUGGGAUAAAUGGGUCUCAGAAGUGGAGCCAAGUGUAGAUGCUCUUUCUUUUGGAGAAGAAAGAGUUCUAAUUGCAAGAAAGAAACUAUGGAAAAUUAACGAUGUUGAUGAAUGGUGAGAUCCCCUUUUUUUGAGCUAUAGUCAGUCUUUUGCUGCUUAGCAGUUCUGUAUAUUAAAGGAGUGGGGGCUAAGCUCUGUCUCCUUUAUCUUUUUCUGUACUAGUUUCUCAAUUGGAUCAACAUAGUUUCUUCUUUUGGGUAAGUUUGGAUGUAGGUUAUCUGUAAUUAUCUCAUGUUUCUAUUGGUAUUCGAGUUUAUGUAGCAGGUUUUAAAUCAGAUUUUUAAUGUGAUUUUGUAUGAUUCUUGUGCUUGAUGAAA